AAUAUACCAAAACAUCAACUCUCUAAUCUCCAAUAAACCCUUACAAAUGUCUAAAAAUGGGGUCGGAAGAACUUUUUUACUUGUGCAGAAUAGGGGAUUUGGAAAACUUGAAGUACUUGCUAGAGACAGAAGAUACAGAGUUAAAUGUUAGAGAUCAAUGGGACAGUACACCGCUUUAUUAUGCUUGUCUUUGUGGACAUGAGAGCAUGGUGCAGUUUCUGCUUGAAAGAGGGGCAACAUGUGAGCCAAGUUCAUUUGACGGCGAAAGGUGUGUGUAUGCUGCUUUAACUGAUCGAAUUAAAGCAAUGCUCAAGGGAUUUAAAGCCAUUACACCAGAAUGCAUGAGAAGAGAUACCUACAGAGAAUGCCUGAGAAGAUUUCUGGAAGAUCAAGAAUUUACAGAUGCGUGUUUUGUAGUUCAUGGAGUCAAACUCCACACACAUCGCAUCAUUCUAACAGCAAGAUCGCCGUACUUCGCUAAUAUGUUUGAAACAAAGUGGAGAGGAAAGUCUGUUAUACGCCUUAACCAUCCAUUGGUCAAACCUUUAGCAUUCAAGGCAAUAUUGCAGUAUUUAUAUACAGGACGACUUUAUGUUGAUGUUUCCGGCGUGGAAGAUUGCAUAAUUCUUGCAAAACAAUGUAAAUUGACGAAGCUUAGAGAAAUCUUGAGAGAACGACUGAACUUUAUCGACAAUUUCGAGAAUUCCAAGAAAGUUUCACAACCAAUAAAAGUAGUCAGCGUAGAACCAGACGCGUACUCUAGAGAACUCAACGAGGCUUUCGGUUCGCUGGUCGAGCUUGUAAUCCCAUUUCCCUACAAAAAUCAGCAGGUUACUAAUGAAAACUUUGGGAAUUUUUUUACUGAAGAAACUGAAGGUAAUUGUAAUGGAUUGUCUCAUGACUUUUACAAGUAAAGAGAGCGUGGAAUGGAGCGUUGCAUUUGA